AUGGAGGCUCAUGCGUAUUCAAGUCCUCCCGCGGAACAAGACUGGAGCAACGAAGCCAAAGAAAGGAUGGGACUUUAUCCACCACAUUUUCACAAAGGCGCUCAAAUUAGUUUGAGCACUGGCGAAAUUAAAUCAGUUGAAGAACUCAGCACAGAAGAUUUUGAAAAAUGCACGCAGUUGAGUGCAGACUUAAAGUUAGACAGUAGCACUGUGGCCAAAAUUGAACAUGAUCAACAUAGGGGUAUGGUUAUUCUUAGUUUUCUCGUUGGCCAUGCUUUGCUGCAAAUAACUGUUGAAGCGCCAAUUGAACAUCCUUUUUUUGUUUAUGGUAAAGGCUGGUGCUCUGUUCACCCAGAAAGCUCAAUGAACAAAUAUAAUUUACGAUGCCAAAAACUGAUCGUUGGCGACGUUUGUGCAUCAUUGACAAAGAAAUCCUGCAAGCCAUGCACACAGUAA